AUGCUGGGCCAAAUCAAAGGGGAGAAAUUGGCGGCCAUGGUCAAGCACAUGAUAGAUGACAUCUCCACGGAAGACCCCGAGGCCGUGUUCGAGUUGCAAGAGAAGCUUGGGAAGGGUUCUUAUGGCAUGGUCUACAAGGGGCGCAACCGUACCUCCAACGAGACCCUCGCCGUCAAAAUACUUGCCCUCGACGACGAAGCCACCCUCAAGGACGUGAGAGGUGAGAUCAAGAUUCUUGCAACCUGCAACCACGCCAACAUAGUGCGCUACGGAGGCAGCUACUUUAAGGACGAAAAGCUAUGGAUCUGCAUGGAGUACUGCGGGGGAGGGUCAGUGAGUGAUCUGUGCGUGAUUUUGGACUCGGGCCUGCAAGAAGACCAGAUCGCCAUCAUCUGUCGCGAGGCCCUCAAGGUUUGUCCGGCGCUCACCUCCUCGUCUGCCAUUUACGUCGGUCUGGGCCUCAACUACCUCCACAACGGGACCAAGAUCCACCGGGACAUCAAGGGGGGCAACAUCCUGCUCACCGAAAGCGGCGAUGUCAAGCUGGCCGACUUUGGCGUGUCGGCAACGCUCUUCAACAACUUUUCCAAGCGGAACACAUUCGUGGGCACGCCCUACUGGAUGGCGCCCGAGGUCAUCAAGGAGCAUCCCUACGAUGGGAAGGCGGACAUCUGGUCACUUGGCAUCACGGCCAUCGAGAUGGCGGAGACCUUCCCCCCCUACCACGACACCCACCCCAUGCGCGUCCUCUUCAUGAUCCCCCGCAACGAGCCCCCCACCCUGCAGGACAAGGCCAAGUGGAGUCCGGAGUUCCACUCCUUCGUGGCUGCUUGCCUUACCAAGGAUCCGCAUCAGCGUCCGUCUGCUGAGAAACUACUCGAGCACCCGUUCGUAGCCAACUGCAAACCCAAGACCGUGCUCGUCGAUCUCAUCAACAAGUGCAAGAACAUCGUUGCGCGCCAAGGUCGCAUUAUCAAAGAUGCCGACGAAGACGAGGGCACCUACGGCGAGGACGAGAACGCUCACGGCACGGUGGUGGCGCACGUGACCGAGUCGUGGAUCAACAAGGAGGACGACGAAAGCUACGACACCGGCACCACGAUCAUGCGAGGGAUGGACGCGUGUGGCACAUCGUCGGAGUUCGAUAACUCAACGACCAUCAUGCGCCUCGACGACGACAAGGAGGCCACCACCCCGUUCGACUCCUCCACCACCAUCAUGCAUGCCUCCGAGUACGACUCGGGCACCACCAUUAUGACGGGUACUACGAUGAUGAAACCCGACGAUAUGCCCUUCGACUCCUCCACCACCAUCAUGCGUCUCACCGACGAAGGAGGUGACACGGAGGAGAAGGAGGCGAUGGUGGGGUUCGCGGGCUCUCAGUACAAAGACGGCGGGUUUUCCACGUACGUGGUGGCCGACAAGGAGGAGCGGCCACGGAAGGAAGGAGGCUCGACAGGUACCCUGCAAAACAUCUACGGCAAGGGCUGCACCAUCCAGAUCCCCUUCCUCAACCUCAACUACAUAUCCCCCGAGUGGCUGUUGCGCAAGGACGACGCCAAUGGGGAGGCCGUGGCCGACACCAUGCAUGAGCUUGCCCUCGCGGGUUCCGCCGCCGCGCCCUCGCCGCUGGUGCUGGUGCCCUCGAGCCCGACGCUCGGCAACUUGGUCAAGACGCUGGGGUACCACAAGCAGUGCCAGAAGUACGUGCCCAUGACCCCCAAGGAAAGCGAGCAGAAUGCCCGCAUCGUCAACGAGCUCUCCUCCACCCUCAAGACCAUCUUCAAGGUCUAG